CCAGCCAACCUCCUUCUUUUUCAGCCCCAAAAGAAAAUCCCUCUUCCUCACUCUCUUGUGCUACUACUCUUUCGUGUUCUUUCCUCCGAAGCCUACCAUGAGAACCGACAUAGAUACCCUUUGGGUCUUUGCUUUGGCCUCCAAAUGUAGAGCCUUUUCUCAAGAAAAUAUUGCAUGGUCACUUGUGAUCGUGGCUCUGGCUUCGUUAGCCAUUGCUAUUCUCCACUGGGCUCAUCCCGGUGGUCCAGCUUGGGGAAAAUACAAGCUAAGAAAAGGAUGUCCUACUGGUGCUAGGCCAAUUCCUGGUCCGAUGGGUUUACCUCUUAUUGGCAGCAUGAACCUCAUGGCUUCACUCGCUCACCACCGGAUUGCUGCCUCCGCUCAGGCAUGCAAGGCCAAGAGGCUUAUGGCGUUUAGCCUUGGUGAAACUCGUGUUAUCGUGACAUGCAACCCCGACGUAGCCAAAGAAAUACUUAACAGUACUGUGUUCGCAGAUCGUCCCGUGAAGGAGUCUGCUUACAGACUGAUGUUCAACAGAGCAAUUGGGUUCGCUCCUUAUGGAGUUUACUGGCGAACCCUCAGAAGAAUCGCAGCUACACACCUUUUCUGUCCUAAGCAAAUAAAGGCCACCGAGUCUCAGAGACGUAUAAUUGCUUGCCAGAUGGUGAACAUGUUCAAGAACAAUGAUCGAAGUUUAACAGUACGUGGGUUACUUAAACGUGCUUCCUUGAAUAACAUGAUGUUUUCAGUUUUUGGAAGCGAAUAUAUACUUGAUUCUCCAAACAAUGAUGUUGAAGAGCUUCGGAAACUAGUGGAUGAAGGGUACGAUCUAUUGGGUACCCUUAACUGGAGUGACCACCUUCCUUGGCUAGCAGAUUUUGACCCUCAAAAAAUCCGAUUAAGAUGCUCAAGCCUCGUGCCAAAAGUGAACAGGUUCGUUAGCCUAAUCAUCGACGAACACCGAGUUGCCAGAAAUGGCGGAACCCGAGAUUUCGUUGAUGUUUUGUUGUCGCUUGAAGGACCCGAUAAACUCCAAGAUGCCGAUAUGAUCGCGGUUCUUUGGGAGAUGAUCUUUAGAGGGACUGACACAGUGGCGGUUCUGAUCGAGUGGAUACUAGCACGGAUGGUUCUUCAUCCUGAUGUUCAGUCAAGGGUCCAGGAUGAGCUGGACAAGGUAGUGGGCAGAUCAAGGGCCGUUGCUGAGUCUGAUGUCACGGCUUUGAUGUAUCUGAACGCAGCAGUGAAAGAAGUGUUGAGGCUGCAUCCUCCAGGCCCACUUCUCUCGUGGGCCAGGUUAGCCAUAACUGAUACAACCAUUGAUGGUUAUCACGUGCCUGCAGGGACCACUGCAAUGGUUAACAUGUGGGCCAUCGCAAGAGACCCAGAGUGGUGGGCUGACCCACUUGAAUUUAUUCCCAAGAGGUUUAUGGCAAAAGAGGGCGAGGUGGAGUUUUCUGUGUUAGGGUCAGAUCUUAGGCUUGCACCGUUUGGGUCGGGUAGGCGGACCUGCCCGGGAAAGAACUUGGGGUUAACGACGGUGAGUUUUUUGGUUGCGUCACUGUUGCAUGAGUUUGAAUGGCUGCCAUCGGAUGAUACAGGUGUUGAUCUAUCAGAGGUUCUGGGGCUGUCUUGCGAGAUGGCAAACCCUUUGACCGUUAAAGUGAGGCCUAGGAGGCUUUAAAAGCCUCAUCACUCUUUUAUAAAAAUUAAAAAAAAAAGAGUUGUGUGUUUGGAAAUUUUAAAACUUUGAUCCGCCAUAUGAAUAUGAUCAGGUUGUCUUUGGGUGUCGGUUUUGUUAAAUUGACAGUCUCUCCAUAAUAUUAUAUGGUCUGUCUGUGUUGCUUGAAAGUAAUACAAAUUUCAUUUUUCA